AUGAAAGCUAGCGCACUACAGGAGUCGAUGGAGAGAGCAAUGAGAAAAUGCAGGGAAGAGUCUGAAGCUGGAUGGAAGAUCAGGGAAAAGAAGGUGGACUACUCUUCCUUUCUUACAGAUGACAUUCUUAUUGAUAUCCUGAGAAAGCUUCCUACUGUUAUCCUUCGUUAUAAGGCUAGGUUUGUCUGCAGAAGAUGGUUCAAUAUAAUUACUAACAAAAUCUUGAUAGAACAUGCUUCUUUCAUCGUCCAGAGGUCAAGUGGACCUCACACAGCAAUUCAGGUGGUUAUAAGGGAAGAAAAACAAGGGCUGGAAAUGGAACAACAACAUCUUGACAUACCUUACAAAGGCCGGAUAAAGUCUUGGUGUAACGAGUUCCUUUUAAUUGUGGACCCCAACAGACACGAAUCUUUGUAUGUUUUCAAUCUAAUGACUAAGAAAGGAUUAUAUCUUCCUUGGUGUGGAACAUCUUGCGGGGGACACUAUACCAUCAAAUGUGGAGUGGCCCUUGCCUUCGAUGGAUUCAAGGGAGUAUACAAGGCCAUUCACAUAUUUAUGGGCCCACCAAUCCAGUGCAAGAUUAUUGAAUUGAAAAGAGAUAUUACCUCUGGUGUUUCCUCGAUGUGGAUUAAGAUUGAAGUGCCUUCAUAUGAUAUGGGUGAAGGGCAAUAUUAUUGGGGUAACCUGGUUUCAGUUCAGGGCAGGUACUUUCACUGGGAUGUUCAUUGUUCCAAGUACCUGGUUUCUGUGGACAUGGUGAAAGAGAAAAUUUUCCAAAUCCCCCUACCAAAAUGCAAUGAUGAUCGAGUGGGAAGCCAAUAUUCUCUUUUUGAUAUGGGUGGUUUCCUUGCUCUCCUUGAUAACGAUUCUUGGAAUCAUGCUGACUUAUGGAUUCUUAAAGAUUUCCAGAGGAUGAAGUGGGAGAAGUUGCACUCAAUACGUGUCUCGAGCUAUGUGAACAAAAGAAUAUAUCCUCCUAUAGUUUUUAAUGCAUAUCCUGUAUGUAGCGUUAAGAGAUAUCUCAUCUUCAGGAAAUCUAGAUCCAUGCCUGGUUUGUUGAGUUAUGAUCUGACAAAUCAAGACUUAAAAAAGCUCAACAUCCUUUGUUUAAAUCGUGAACAUUGCGUGGUUCAUUCAGCAGCACCAAGUUUUCUGUAA